AGGGUUUAGUAACAAGGGUUUCGCAAUCCCAUCUCAAUCCGUCUCCUCUCUCUCUCGUGCGCUCGCAUUCCUUCCGUCGUCUCUCUCUCGCGUUCUCCUGCGUUAAAUCGUCUUCUCCAUCGCCGAAUCGAAUGGGCACUUCCACUUCUCACAAGGGAUCCAAUUCUUCGCCGAUUAAGCAGAGCCCAAUCUCCAAGACUAUGAAUUUGAGAUCCCAAGCCUCUGGUUGCUGAGAAAAUGGGUUGAAAUCGAUUGGAAUUUGAGAUCCGACAGAUUCAAUCGCUGCCUUGUUUUUUUAUUUGGAUUUAUCGUUUUUCUCUUAUUUAAUAAAAGAAGAAAACACAAACCAGACUCCAGAGAGAUGGAAAUGGAGCAGCUGCUGAGCAUGGGCUUCCCCAGCGAGUUGGCGGCCCAAGCCCUAGCUGCCACAGGAACAGGGGGCAACUCCAUUCUCAAGGCCACAGAAUGGAUUCUCAACCGCGAAUCAUCCACAUCCGCCGGCACUAGCACGAAUCCGAGCCCGAUUUCAUCCGGGCGGCCUUGCCAACCCAAGCUCGACCGCUUCUUUCUGUUCCAGUCCAAGCCUCCUUCCUCCGAUUCUCCACGUCCCGUCCCCGCUUCCGCUCGCAAACUACAAGAGGGAUCGGAAUCCACCCCAGCCGCAGGGGGAGAGGGGCCAGAAGAAGAAGCUCCACUCUCCAAGUCGAAACGUCUCAAACUAGCGAUCCCAGCAAACCCCAAAAAUGCCGACAACAACACCAACGAGCCGUUGUCGGAGCGCAUGCGCCCUCGCACCUUAGACGACGUCGUGGGCCAAGACCACCUACUUGCCCCAAACUCUCUGCUCCGCUCCGCAAUCGACUGCGAACGUCUCCCUUCUCUUGUGUUCUGGGGUCCACCAGGCGUCGGCAAGACCUCCAUUGCCAAAUCCAUCAUCAAUUCCGCCUCCCGCCCUUGCUCCUCCUACCGAUUCGUUUCGUUGUCCGCCGUCACUUGCGGGGUUAAAGACGUGAGGGACGCUAUCGACGAGGCCCGCAAGAAGAAACAGGCGGCUAAGAAAAAACAAACAGUGCUGUUCGUGGACGAGGUUCACAGGUUCAACAAGUCGCAGCAGGACUCGUUCUUGCCCGUCAUCGAAGACGGCAGUAUAGUCUUCAUGGGGGCCACCACCGAGAACCCUUCCUUCCAUUUGAUCAGGCCGCUCUUGUCUCGCUGCCGAGUUCUUGUUCUCCACCCUCUGAGACCCCACGCGGUUGAGCUCCUUCUCAAGCGGGCCGCCAAUGACUCCGAUAAGGGAUUGGCUCGCGGUGUGCGGAUGCCUGUACAUGUCAAUGAUGAGGCCAUCCAUUUCAUCUCCGCCAACUGCGAUGGCGAUGCUCGGGUGGCACUCAAUGCCUUGGAAGUUUCUGCAACAACAGCAGCUACCCGAGCAGCCUCUACCUCUAGUUCCUCGAUCUCUAACUCUACCCCUACCUCUACGAAUGAUGAUGAUGAUCGUGAUCAUAAUAAGUUAGUGGCUACUGCUGUUGUUACCUUAGAGGAUGCCAAAGAGGCCUUGCAAUGCAAACAUGUCGCCUCUGACAAAGCGGGGGAAGAACACUAUAAUCUCAUCAGUGCCCUUCACAAGUCCAUGAGAGGAAGUGAUGCUAAUGCGGCCAUUUAUUGGUUGGCAAGGAUGCUAGAAGGAGGCCAAGAACCUCUAUAUAUUGCCCGCAGACUCAUACGGUUUGCUAGUGAAGAUGUUGGGUUGGCUGACCCAUCCGCACUGAGCCAGGCCGUUGCUUGUCAUCAGGCUUGCCAUUUUCUGGGAAUGCCAGAGUGCAAUGUCAUUCUUGCACAGUGUGUGGCUUACUUGGCAUUGGCUCCUAAAUCUGUCGCUGUUUAUAAAGCAAUAGGGAGUGCACAACAAGUGGUGAGGGACUCUGUCGGACAGAAUGAGGGAGUGCCUCUUCAUCUGAGGAAUGCGCCUACCAAGCUAAUGAAGGAACUUGGGUAUGCCAACGGAUACAUCUACCCACCUGACAAUCCCUCAGCCAGUGCCACGCAGGCAUAUCUACCACCCUCACUUGAAGGUUACAAGUUCCUGGAUUGGCCGAUCACUAGUAAUAGCACCAAAACCAAAUCCGAUGGAUGAGAGGUCUUUGGUUCAGGCAUCCGGGAGUUUCGAAGAUGGUAAUAUGAUCUAGACUCUGCUGCUGGUUAGUGGUUAGCACUCAUCACUGAUCUGUUUUUGUGGACGAUGAUGUUCUUGUGUAACCUGGCAGUGCAUAUGAUUUUUGUUCGUACAUAUAUAUCUUUACAACCAGAACCAGACAAAUGACAAUAGUUUUGAAGUUGCUUACUGUCAUGACAAACAAUACAAUUGGGACUAAGUUUUAUGUUCAGAAUUGAAUAUAAAUAGGCUUUGGGUUA